UCCAAACUGAGUCUCCUCCCACAGCUCAUUCUCGCCCGCGCCCCGCUUCUCGUCUCCAUGUCCUCGCUGGCGUCGCCGAGGCGGAUCCAUGGCGGAGAGCGGCGUUGCUUCGUUGUAUCCUUGUCGUUCUGGCGGCUGCUGGGGCGUGUCGUCCUCUUCGCCCGGCGGAGGUGGGGGAAGGUCGUGCCGGGACGGCUCGACACGCUCGGCCGCUGUCUGGGGGGUGGGUUGACGCUGCAGUCGCCGGCGGAGGUGGGAGCGGAGAUUGGGAAGGGUGCUGUUCGUGCUCUUCGCCUUGCAUCUGGGAAGAGGCCAGCGAAUCUCGAGCGUGGAAGGCAAGUUCGCGGGAUGCGAGAUGGGUUUAUAUCAUGCGUGUGAACAAGUACCUGCUGGAAUUGAUGAUUGAUGAUUCCUUCUCGUUUUUUGAGGAUGAUUUUGGUGUCGUAGUGAUAUUUUGAGUCUAGGAUUUGAGUUUGGGCCGCUUGUUUAGUUCUCUGAAAUUCACCUUAAUAUGUCUUUGUACUGUUUGAUUUGGAGGCAGCUUGGUGUGUCAAUUUUCACCUUAAUGUAGUUGGGACAGCUUGUUUAGUUCUCUGAAAUUCACCUUAAUAUGUUUUUUGUGCUGUUUGAUUUGGAGGUAGCUUGGUGUGUCAAUUUUCAUUAUCCACGAUUAACCACAAGGAAUUGUUAUAUUUGGUGUUGUAGUGCUCUUUUGAGUGACAGUAUUUUCUUGUGUGUGGGGAGGUGUUAUGUAGUUUUUGUCAGUGGUCUGAAGUUCAUCUGCAGUUGUGUUUGAUGAUUUUGGUGGUUGCCAGAUUAUCUCAUUUUCAGUAGCCAUGAUGAAUUGUCAGAUUUUGUUGUUGUUAUGUGUAGCUUUUUUUUUGCAGUUGGUCUCCCUUCAUUCAUGGAGUUCGUGAGUCGAGCAGUUGAGCGACUAGUCAUGAACUAUUUGAGUACACUGACUCACUUUUUGGGCUUGAAUUAGUGAGGCGCUCAACUUGCUAGAUUGAAAGUUGGAACACUAGCUAUUUAAUAGGCUUGCUCAAGAACGAGCCACCUCACGUAGGAGCAGGCCGCCGCUGCCAUCCAGUGACCAUCCGCCGCCGUUGUUGACCAGAAGCAUUGCGACGUCCUCCCUCCUCUGGUUCUGGUCGUAUCUGGUUAUAAUUAAUGUAUGUACAUGUCGACUAGUCGAGCUGUAGUCUGCAAAUAUUGCUUCAGUAUUCGUACAAAGUAUCUGUUACUCAUGUUUUUAUUUUAAAUAUAGCUGUUUUGUAUUAUAUGAUGCAGCCCCAUUUGCUAGUUGUGCCCAUUGCAACGUCCUCCCCUCCUCCGGCUCUGCUCCUAUCUGGUUGUAAUAUAUGUACCCAUUUUAUCUGGUACUCAUUUUGUCUGAAACCAUAGUGUCAUCUUUUUUAUAAAAGGCUAAUUCUCUGUGUUCAAUGAUGAAUGUGUAAAUAGAUUUUGUUUUCUCUGUUAAUGUUUUCAGAAGCAAUCAUUUUUUAGGUGUGUCAAAUGUGUUUUGUCCAAUGACUUUGCUCUUUUCUUCCUGUGUGGUGGUCAUACUGGAAGAAGAUUCAGGAUAUGGUGUGCUCCCAGAUUGUCCUUCAGCACCAAAGAAGGUAUUUACCUGCAGCAAUUGAAAUAUGUCAGUUAUUUUUCAUUCAUUUCAUACAUAACUUUGUAUUUUGAUGCAAUUUUUUUUCAUACCUUCAUAUGUAUAUUUGAUGAUGAGUAGUUCAUGUCGAUCUCGCCAUUCAGUAAAGCCAUGUAUGAAAAAUCUUCCUGCAUGAAGUGUUAAGAUGUGUUAUGCAAACGUAAUCGUCCUUUUUCAAAUUUCUUGAUACAUGAAAACAGUAUUAAUAAGUUCUGAAUCUUUUUCCAUAUAAAAAUCUUGUACCUUGAAGAACAUUGAUCCAUCAAAUUGAUUAAGGAGGUCUGUCAUUGUGGUGCUAACAUUUGAUUACCUGCAGCAAUUGAAUAUGUCAUCAUUAUGACUGUCCCACAUAUUAUUUUGUCAAGUAAUAAAAUUGUUUUAAAUGCUUCUAUUUUUUACAUGGCAUGUAGUGGUCACUUGCGUAUGGUUGUUUCUCCGUCUCUCAUUCUCUCAGUUAAUUCAGUUUUCAUUACCAUUAAUCUCUCAGUCAAAUUUUUCAGUGACUUAGUUUCCCAAUUAUCCUCUUUUUUCAGUGUCUUUAGUGUUCCAUUACAUUUUCUCAGUCUAUCAGCUUUUUAGUCUUUCAAUAAUUAUUAUCAUGCAUGUCACCCUUAUUUUUUCGAAUUCACUCAGUUAUAUUU